AUGGCCUCCGAGCCAGAACCGCCAACAGGGCUCGAUGCGGUCCCGGCCUCAUCAGCGGCUGCGGCGGAAGCGGAGGAGAGCCGCAUCGCGCCGGCAGCGAGCGACCCUCCCGCGCCCGUCCCUCCCGCGCCCGUCGCGACGGCAGAGACGACCGCGACCGAGCCAUCGACCGAGCCAUCGACGCGCACCGCGACCGGACCCGCGCCGGAGCCGGCGGCCCCCGCGGACCCGUCGACCUAUCGCGGCGUGGAGGGCACCGACUUCCGCGUCGCCGCCACCGAAACCCUCGUCCAGGCGCAGAGCAAGGAGCGCAUCGCGGAGCUCGCGGGCGUCGACCCGAACGCGGCGACGAGGGAAGCCGACUCGAUCGUCGCCGCGGCAAAGGCCAAGGCCGACGCCGAGGCCGCCGCAGCCGCAGCCAAGGCGGCGGCGGAGAAAGAGGAGGAGGACGCCGCACUGAAGAUCCAGGCGGUGUUCCGCGGUAAGGCUGCUAGGCGCGACGUCGAGGAGUUCAAGAAGGGCGGCGGCGUCGAGUCGAGAUCGGCGACGACGGAGGCGGCGGCGGGCGGCGGCGUCGGCGCCUUCGCGGCGGGUUCCAACGCCCUUCACGUCGAGGACACCGCGUCCAAGGCUGUGCAGCCCGCGCCCCCCGCGAUGCAGCUCGGGCACUGGGAAACGUUCGCCGCGAGGCAAAUCGCUCGCCACGUCCCGGUUGCUUCGGGCGGGUUGGCGCUGGGUCCCGCGCCGCGGGGGUAUCGGUUCAGGGUCCUCGCGGUCGAGGCGUUCCCGUUCGGCCCCGAGUGCUUCCGCAUCCGCGACCGAGGGAACACGUUGGAGGCCAAGGUGAACGUGUCGUUCUACGACGAGUGCACGGGCUCGUUUCACGGCGCGACGUGCUCGUCGGCGCCCGAGCCCGCCGAGAUCCCGGCGACUCCCGGCGACGGCGACGGCGACGCCGCGCCCGUGGCGACGCUCGACGUCCAGCACGACGCGUACUUUACCACCCGCGUGUGCGACCCGAGGUGCCUGAUCGUCGUGGAGAUCGUGCUCGUGGAGCGGCGCGGGGACGGUUCGGCGGCGCGGGAGACGUCCGCGGGGUGGGCGGCUAUGCCCGCCGUCGGCCCCGGCGGCGCCGAGCCGACGGGGGCGCCGGGCAGCGCGCCCGUGCGCCAGGGAUCGCCGCGGUACCUGAUGUGGGGCAGACCCCGCGCGGGCCAGCACCCGCCGAGCCAGUUGGGCAGGGCGAAGCUCCACUUUGUCCACGAGACGUGCCCCGCGCUUCUCAGGGCGGCGCCGCUCAUCCCGGAGGAUUUCCCCGUCACCUACGGCGACGUGGUGCCCGGAGUGCUUCGAUUCGACGCGGACGGCGAGCUAACCAGCGAUGUCGAUGCCGUGACCACCACGCUCACGUCGCCGCUGCUCGCGCCCACGAGGGCGGUGUCGCUGUCGGGGAUGAGGGUGAAUCUUCCGAAGCGGAUGAUGGACGUGGUCGCCGCGUCGCCCGAUCUCGCCGUCGCGCUCCACGGCGCGGGUGCCAAGCCCCCGGGCGUGGACUCCCUGGUGGCGAACCCCACCGCGUCGGCCGCGGCGAUCGCGGCGGCCAAGUGCGUCACCGUGCGGAUCACCGCGCACAACGGCAGGGUCUUUGUGGGCGAAUCCGUCGAGGCGUCUGAUUUCGCCGUCGACCCCGAGGGUUCACCGAGCUGCAUCGUCCUGAGAAGCGACGCGAUCGUCCCGGACGUUCCCCAGGACGUCCUCGUGGUCCUCGUGGUCGAGGUGUUGUACCGCGCUCCGGGGAAGCGGGGCGAGCCGCCGGUGACGCUGGGAUGGGCGGCGACGUGUCCGUUCCGACCGGGGAUCGAAUCGCCCGGACACGCGACGUCGGACACCUUCUCCGGAAGCCUCGCGCUGCGAAUCGGCGAGGACGCGCUCCUCGUGACGCGUAGGGGCCGGGGUCCGCGCGCAGAGCCGUGCGUGGAUUGGCGGUCGGUCGUGCAGGCGCCGCAGGAGGUUUGGCGCGCGGUGUUUCGAAGCGGCGGGGAUGUCAGUGACAAGGAUGAAACGUCAGUCGCGUUUACGUUUGCCGCCGCGGAGGGAGACACGGGCGGCCAUCGCGGCGCGUCCCAGGCCGAGGCUGCCCGCGCGUUGCUCGACGCCCCCGUCGCGGAUAACGUCGCGCAGGCGAAGAGCAAGAUGGCGCAGGCUGAGACGGCGCUCAAGGACACUUCCAUGACUGGUCGGGAACGGGCCAAGGCUGAGGCGGCGCUCGCAGCUGCGAAGAUGGACCUGUCCUCGCAGCAGCAGCUGGUGCAGGUGAUGGAGCGGAUGCAGGUUCAGCUGAACGAGCUGGCGAGCUCGGUCAACGUCAUCAAGACCGACCUGCGUGGCUCGAGGGACGCCGCGCCGGCGCCGCCCGCGGCUGAACGCGCGCGACCCCUCGACCGGUCCCCCCGCGUGUCCCCAGAGGUUAGGAACGCGGAACCCGUGCCUCGCGUCCCCGAGGCGUCCCACUCCACGGACCCCGAGCCUCGCGUCCCCGAGGCAUCCCACUCGCCCCCAAUGGACGAGCCCGUCUAUGCCGACGAAGAGUGGCCCGCCGCGGGUCCCGCCGAGGGGUCCUCCGCGCUCUUCAGCGGCGCCGCCGCGGACGCCGGCGAGCCGCUCGUGUCGGCGCGAGGCCUCGGCGGCUUCAGCCGGGCCACCCGCGCGAGGCUCCACGCGGCUGGCGCGGACGCGACGCUCCCGCCGGACGUCCGCGACGCUAUUCGGGCCGCAGCUUCGCGCGCCGGCGCGCCGCAGAACCCGACGCUGGACAUCGUCCGCGAGCACAGGGAUAUUCGAGCGGUGAACGAGGUCAUCGUUCAGUUUUUGGCCUACCGCAAGUUCGACGCGCUCAACUCUACCUCGCAGCUCGCGGACGUGCACUUCACGUUCAACUUCUUCGACUUCCCCGCGUCCACUUCCAGGCCGUGUGUGCUGACGCCCCCCGACGUUCCCCGCGGUGAGCCGCAGAUGCUGGUACCCAAGGGUGCUCCGAGGAGGUCCGACGGCGGCGAACGAGCCGGCGACGCGUGGUUUAGGUUCAAGGUUGACGGGACCGGUAACGGCACCGGGGAUAAGAUCCCGGACGGUCCGGACGCGAUGCACGCGCGACGAUGCGCGUUUGUCGACUACUGCGCGACGCAGCGGCUCAGCGUGGACGUCUGGGACGGUAGCUCGCUGAUGCAGCACGGGACGUGCUCGAUCGACCUCACCGGUUUGCUCAGGCAGGGGCGGGAUUCGGCGGAGGUGAUGGUGGAGGCGCCGGUGGCGGCGACGGCGCCGCGGGUAACGUCGUGA